AUGGAUUUCGACGAGUACGAUUAUCUGGAGAAGACAGUGGAGGAGGAGAUAGAUGAGAAAGAUUCUUCUAAGAAGGGGAGGGAGAGUAUCGACAGGACCGAACGGAGCUACAGAAAGCGCGAUGAGAUCGAAGAUGGCGCCGAAUUGAAGAGGAGUAAGAGGUCCAGCGGUGACGACGAUGAGCAUGUCUCCAGGAAGGAUAGAGAUCGGGACGAUGACCGCGACAAGGAGCGUCGUAGGAGUGGCAGGGAUAGGGAUAGGGACAGAGACGGUGAGAGGAGUAGCAGAGACCGAGGCCGAGACAGGGAGAAGGAUGUGGAUAGGGAGAAAGAUAGGAGAGACAAGGAUAGAGAAAGGGAAAGGAGGGAGAGGGAGAAGGAGAAGGAAAAGGAGAGAGAAAGGUCCAGGAGGAGCAAGAGUCGUUCGGAGCGGGAAAGAGAGAUAGAACGGGAGGAGAGGGAGAGGUCUCGGAGAAGCGUAAGUCGUUCUGAACGUGAUAGAGAGAAGGAACGGGAGGAGAGAGACAGGUCCAGGAGGAGCAGAAGUCGCUCUGAGCGUGAUAGCAUCAGAGAACGAGAUUUCGACAUGAGAGAUAGCCGGAGACUUAGGGAGAAGAAGGAAGCUGUGGAGCCUGAGGCAGAUCCAGAGAGGGAUCAAAGAACUGUUUUUGCCUAUCAGAUGCCCUUAAAGGCAACAGAACGAGAUGUUUAUGAAUUCUUCUCAAAAGCUGGCAAGGUGAGAGAUGUUCGACUGAUCAUGGAUAGGAACUCAAGACGAUCUAAAGGAGUUGGCAAUGCGAUAAUGAUGAGGGAUGAUGGGAAUACCUUGCACACAUGUUUAUUCAAUUCAUGCUGCGUACUCAAGUUUAUAUCACUUGAACUGAUUAUGAGGUAUAUUGAAUUUUAUGAUGCAAUGUCGGUGCCGAUGGCAAUUGCUCUCUCUGGUCAACUUCUUCUUGGACAACCUGUAAUGGUCAAACCUUCUGAGGCUGAAAAGAACCUAGUUCAAUCUAAUACUACUACUGGAGCUGCUGGUGUGGUCGGACCAUAUGGAGCCGUGGACAGAAAACUGUAUGUGGGGAACCUUCAUUUCAAUAUGACCGAGAGCCAGUUGAGAGAGAUUUUUGAGCCAUUUGGUACUGUGGAGGUUGUGCAACUGCCUCUUGACCUGGAGACAGGACAUUGCAAGGGUUUUGGAUUUAUUCAAUUUGCCCACCUAGAACAUGCAAAGGCUGCCCAGAGUUUAAAUGGAAAAUUGGAAAUUGCUGGCAGAACUAUCAAGGUUUCAUCUGUAGCAGACCAUGUUGGAGGCCAAGAUACAACAGCAAAAUCUGCAGAUUUUGAUGAUGAUGAAGGCGGAUUGGCUUUAAAUGCCCAAUCAAGAGCAUUGCUUAUGCAGAAGUUGGAUCGCUCUGGAAUUGCUGCAAGCAUUGGCUUACCCAUUAAUGGGUCAGUUCCCGCCCAGCAGGCUAUUAGUUUGCCUAUUGGUAAUCCUGGAUUAAUGCCAGCACUAGCUCUACCAACUCAAUUUAUGCCUACUCAAAUGGCUGAACCUGUCGGAACCCCCAGCAACUGCUUGCUGUUGAAGAAUAUGUUUGAUCCAUCAACUGAGACAGAACCAGAUUUUGAUCUAGACAUCAAAGAAGAUGUAGAAGAAGAGUGUUCUAAAUAUGGGCGGGUGAAGCAUAUCUAUGUCGACAAAAAUAGUGCAGGUUUUGUGUAUUUGAUGUUUGAAACAGUGGAAGCAGCAAGUGCUGCUCAGCGUGCAAUGCACAUGCGGUGGUUUGCGCGCAAAAUGAUUUCGGCCAUAUACAUGCAACCUCAGGUAUAUGAAGCCAAGUUUAAAGGGGUUGUGUGA